AUGGGAUUUUAUAAAUCAACCAAGCGGGAAAAUGCGCUCGCGUUCUUGACGUGGUCAAAUUUUGACACUGUCCCCAACUCCCUCACCUCUCCUUCCACAUAUAAUUCCGCCUCUUCUCCCUUGGUCACCCCUUCCUUCUACACCCCUGUCAAACUGCAGUUCGCGCACGAGGCAGUACCGAGCGAGUUACUUUUGAUAAGCAGUCCGCUGUUUCUUUUGCCUCCUCUUCGAUUCGCUUUCAGGCAGGAAGUUAGGCAGGCUCGGUUAUGUCGCCUACGCACUAAUGCCUCCUCUUUCUCCUCGAGAGUAUUCAUCGUGGAGUUGUCGUCGUCGGCACCACGUCAAGGCACCGACGUCAAAAUGCCACCUCUUCGCAAGUCGAGGCACGCAAUGUCUGCUGUUUUCGCCUGCUGCGUGUCGGUUGUGGUUGCAUAA